UAUAUUUUACACUUCCAUCAUUUUUACUCUUCGGUUCUUUCGGCAAUUCAUCUUUAUUCUUCUUUUUAUUGUCACCAUCAUCACCACAAUCGGCUCCGUCUCCCGCACGGAGGUGCCUGCAAAGCCGCUGGUGGUUACGGCGAUGCAUGGUGAUGCUACAUCUCUAUCCAGUCGACGGCGACCACGAUGGCCGGCGUCUUGAGUUCACGGGAGCCGAGGUGAACAAGGAAGCUGCUCAACCACCAUCAUCGUGUGAAGAGGAGGAGUAGGAAGAGUCUCCAUCGCCGUCCGGUGGCGCGGAGCUGCAGGAGACCGCGAGGGCCGUGAGAUGUCACACAGAGGGGACACACGGAGCGGAGACGCUGCUGGGGGUGACGUUGAGCAGGAGCAGAAGGAGGAGGUGGAGGAGGAGGUGGCCGCCGUUCGUCCAACGGAGCCGUCGGUGAGCGGAGGAGAUGUUGAGAGGCGCUGGAGUGAGACGUGCGUGCAGGUGAAGGUGGAGAGACAGGAGGAGGACGACGACGACAAAAGCUAUGGUGGCGUUCCGGUUCCGGUCGUGCCCUCACCCUCGUCCCCUUGCUCGUCCCGUCGCCGUCGUUCUGGGCCAUGGCCCAGGCAAGGGACAGGCGGCUGCCUUGACCACGCCUGGGGUCGCUAUGCCGCCGGUUCGCCAGAGACUGCCGCUGUGGGGAUGUUAUGGGUCUGUGGCAUCGCAGCUCGAGGGACCUUCGACGUUCGCAUCAAAGAGGAGGACGUCAAAGCGGAGCGAAAGGACGAAAUUGUCGACGAUCAAACCGGCUCCUACGACGACAGAGGAGGAAGAGCGGGGGGAGGUGGAAAGGGAGGAGGCGCGAUCAAGAGCGAGGAACUGCACGUCGUCCCACGACGCCGCGAUCUUCGCAUCGUAAAGGUGGACACGCACGCCGGCGCCGGAUGGGAGAUGGUUCUCAGUCGUCGCUCUGAUAAUGGAGGAGGAGCAGGAGGAGGUCCCAGCGUGAAGCCCGCAGAGCUGUGGGGCUCGCGGCGGUGGGCAGAACGACCGGCGGCUUCGGUGGAUGUGGCGGAGAUCGAGGUGGAGGUGGAGGAGGACGACAAUGAUGAUAAAGGGAUAGCUGUGAGAAGAUGCCCCGGCGCAUUUAGCAGGGGGGAGAAUCUCAGUGCUGCGCUCGGCUUCCGGCCUCCCGGCUUCCAGAGUCUGCGUCGCGACCUCCGCCCAUUGCGAACGGAGCAGCACCCGCUCGGCGGCGACGACGACGACGAACCUCCACGGACCGUCAUCGCGAACGAAGGGCCGUCGGGGCCGGAAGCUCCGACGGCCGCACCGAUGGCCGCCCGCCCGCGGUCCUUCCGGUGCCGUGACUGCGGAGAGGAUGCGGCAGGCGGCGCCUCGCGCCCGGACGAUCACCGGAAGGCUCGCGUCGAGAAGCCCGGCCACAGCCACCACGGGCGCAGGUGCCCGGCGUGCGAGAGGGCAUCUGGUGCAGGGCCUCCGCACGUUUGCCCUACGUGCGGCAAGGGCUUCGUCCGCGCAGCGCACCUCAAGAUUCACGUGAUGACGCACACGGGCGAGAAGCCCCACGUGUGCGCCAUAUGUGGCAAGGCCUUCACCCAGACGCCCCACCUCAAGAUUCACAUGAUGACUCACACGGGCGAGAAGCCCAACGGCUGCCGCCUGUGCGGCAAGGGGUUCAUCUGUCCCUCGAAGCUCAGGAUCCACAUGCGCACGCACACGGGCGAGCGGCCCCACGUGUGCCCCGUGUGCAGCAACGGCUUCACUCAGUCGUCCGUCCUUAAGAGCCACAUGCUCACGCACACGGGCGAGCGGCCCCACCGCUGCGCCGUGUGCGGCCACGGCUUCACGCAGUCCUCCUACCUCAAGAGCCACAUGCGCACGCACACGGGCGACAAGCCCCACCCGUGCGCCGUCUGCGGCAAGCGCUUCAUCUGCCCGUCCAAGGCGGUGGACCAUGAGCGGCUUCGUGGAAGAUCAAAACCCCAGGUGGGGGUCUUCUGCUUUGGGUACUUCACACCAACGUGGCAUUUGAUUGUUUGUGAGUUAAAUUUCAAACUGGUGGUGAGUGCAGCGGUGACAAAGGCAAGCGAUUUCAUUAUUUGUCCUGCUGCAUUUUAACGGCGAUGCAGUCUCCCACAAGAGAGAGAAAGAGAUCAGCCACAAAGGACAUCUGAGAGCAUCCGCCCAUUCGCCCAUGCAAGAAGAGUUAGCUGCUGCCCAAGGUUCUUAUUGGAUACUGGCCCGUCACAUAAUUUAACACGGGCGAUUCGCACACAAUGGUACCAUAAUUUCGCCGAUUGUAAAACCGCUGCUGUCGAUGUAUUCAAAGUCAUUAAACUGGUGUUAUUUGCCGCAGAACCAGCAGGCCACCAGCUGUUGACUCGUGGCCCAACUCAAACCGACCGCUACAGCCUGCCUAAGAUGACGUACCAUUCAAUGAGGUCACACGUCACACGCGUGAGGUUCUUGCCACAAAUUAACCACGACAGCUCGCUGAUCUUUUUGUGCAGCAUAAACCAUCAUCGCGCGAAACCUGCGGCCACAAGAGUUAGCUGCUGCCAAGGUCCUUAUUGGAUACUGGCCUGCCUAUAUCAUUUAAAACGACCGUCUCAUACAAAGCUAUCUCCGAUUAACACCCCCAGCACCAUCGAUUGAGCACGGUCGGCUACGUACGGGUGUGAAAGACGUUCAAUGUGCGUACGUAUUUUGCGCCGAUUGUAAAACGCUCCCCGUGGAUUUUAUAUAUUCGGUGUAGAUAGCCGGGCGGUGGUGGCUAUGCACCUGGCCUCGUAAUCCAGUGCUGUGAAGGUUGGAGGCUCGCACAGAUAUACUAAUAAUAAGACAGUAGACUCUCGAUUAUGCACGCUAAUGAUGGGGAGGACGGCUGCGGAUAAUACAAAAUCAUGAAUAAUACAAAAAUAUAACUAUUUUCUAAAAUAAAGCACAAACUCUAUUGUUACUCUUUCGAUGUAGAAUGAAUACUAACGAUCGACCGAUCGAUGAUGCGCGUGCUCAGUGAUCAUAACACUUUUCUCUUCUCGUCCAGCAGAAGACUCGGCCCACUAAGUGGAUGACAGCAGAGCCACAGCCAAUCAACAUAAAUCAAACUCAGCCCACUGUUGUAAAGAUAUUGCAACUACUGUACUGUAGGUGCGAUCACGUGGAUAUCAAAUUAAGUGGCACAACAUAUUUGUUCAGUUUAAGCACCGUGACUUGGAAAUAAAUAUUUCCAAGAAUAACAAUGCAUAGCUGUUUUUAGAUUACUAAUGUGAGCGUAAGGGAAAAUAGAUGAGUUUUUAAUGUAUGUCAAAAUCUCAGGUGCGCGGUUAAUCCGCCAUGGGUUUUGACUUAACGUUACCAAUUGUUGGCGUAACUGUAAGGCGUUUACGUUAUAUGUGCACGCGGUGGUGCCAAUUUCGGCCAAUCGGAGCUAGUAUUUGAAUUGUAGAUGUUUUGUAUUAACUCUCCAACACACCGGUGUGCUUAAUUUGUAACUAAAUUGGUAGGUUUUGUUGACGUGACAAACCUCACUAAUUGGCCAAGACGGGUGGUGGCGAGUUUAACGACACAUUUAUAUUUACGUGAUCUAGUCCAAAAACCUCUUGUAAAUAGCACCCAAACAACAACACGACAAAAGAAAUGAGUCCACGAGGUCUACUGCACAACCCAGAGCACACUGCCCCAACUUGUCAACCAAAGCCAGGCAACCUUCGCCAGGAGGGGCAGCGGUGGAGUGGCGAAAAAGUGAAUGGCUCAUUGUGAAACUCCCCUUCCGCCGGUGGUGGGUGUGGAGGAGCCACGUUCUUAAUGGAAAAUCCACGGGUUUAUUCAUUUACAUCAAAGUGUCAGGCGCGGGGUUUAAUCCGCAAAUCGGAUAAACCGCAGGGCGGAUAAUCUGGAGUCUACUGUACUGUAAUUUUAUGUGCAGGGUGCUUCAAAAACUUGUUAACUUACAUGGGACGAUCAUUUUUGAUGGAAAAAUAACGGAUAAGAUACACUAACAUGAUAAAUGUAUGUUUAUAGCUUCAAAAAGUCAACGAGUCUCCACUGGUUCGACAUCACUGUUAACACAUGAACUGGAAUCUUCUCCAGGUGGUCUCCAGAGCCCGGAGGCACAUUUCUCGUGGUAGUGUUGCAAAUUCUCAAGUUAACAUUUUUUUGAAGCACCCUAUAUAUAUAAAACCACGUCAUUCUUGCUUGAUAGCAUCCCAUAACGCUGUGCAUCAAUCAUGUAAGAAAUCCACGCCGGUCGCACCCGUUAAAAAAACAAAAAAAGCUGGUGAGCCCAACCUUGAGCGAGUGGCUCACGCCUGAGCACAUUCUGCUAUGAGUCUUUGGGUGCUUGCGGAUCGCGGUCGUGUGCAGCGUUGAAACACCUCCACCACGGAACUCUCCAAUUGCUACAAGAAACAAAGCACCAAAUUGCCUUGCAGGGACCGAGUCCUUGAGCUGCAGUGAAACCCAAUGAUCACGCCGGCUGGAUGUACUCGUGACUCGUAUGGCCGUUGUUCACAAUUGCACCCGAGAAGAAGAGAAAAAAUAAUCACCCAUCCCUCUAUUUAAGACCGAAACAGGAGGAGGAUUUCCCCACAACUCUGUGGCUGUCACCUGAUGAUGCUUGUUGCUGUUGUAAUUACUGGCAAAAUGUCACAGCUACUCGAAUUGUAAAUGUAGUGGGUUAUAGUGCUGUGCUAGUAUUUAAUUGGCACGAUUUUUUACGUGACAAACCCCUUACUGAUUGGCUGUUGGGUGAUGGUUGCGGGUAUAAUGACAUACUUAUAUUCACGCGAUAUAACCCCAAAAAAAACUUGAUGGAUAAUAAACGUAAUGUUAAACAAAGCCAAGUCGAGGUCUUAACCCGCUCACGAAUGGGUCGUAGCUGAUUGAUCUAGGACUCGAGGGCAUGGUCUCAGCCCCCCACUUUACGAGCAGCUCUGAUUGGCCGAAAUUGACGCCACCGCAUGUGCAUGACGCCAACGUAUACCUCUUCGUCAAUAAUUUGGCCACAAAUGCUGUCAUUUGUGAUGGCCAGGUCGCUUCUGAAAAUAAGUAAUAUUUAAAAAUACUUUUUUUUAACAUGCUUUAAUGAAAUGUACUGUACUCGUAAUGGCAAAACUCCACGACUCCAGGAAGUGGCCCCGAAGUUUACCAUAAUGUAAGGGACCGUGGUGAUUUACAGCCAACGUCAGUUGAGCGUGGACAAUUAGACCCAAACCGAAACAUAACAUAUAAAAAAGAUGGUUUAAAUUUUAUAUAUUUUUACGACAAUAUAGUAUUGUCAUAAGUAUACCAAGUUUGCAGUCGAUACCACAUUGGGAAGUGGGUUAAAAUUGAGUUACAAUAUUUGAGGAUACGACAACAACAGACAGUGAGUUAAAUAAAAUCGUGUAUAAAAAAGAACUACGCAGCUCAGUGAGGCCCUUACCUGGUAAAAUAAAAACAAAUGUUUAGUUUCUAAAAUAGUUUAACAGAUUAGUUUAACUUCGAAUCGAAUUCACUUAAACUUGAAAAAAGAAGUUAACAAAAAUCACUGAGGUCUGCACAAGAAAGAGCUGAUCAUGAUUGGCAAAGCAAAAAAAACGUAUAAUGUUAAACAAAGUCAAGUCGAGGUCGAAAUCAGCUCACAAUAGGGGACAUCGCUGGUUGGUCGAGGUUGCACGCGGCUCAGCCCCCCCCCUACUUUACGAGCAGCUCUGAUUGGCCGAAACCGUGCCACCGCGUGCGCAUGACGUCAACGCGUACCGUCACAUCAACAAGGCGGCUCACUACAGGAGGCAUAACGGUGACCCCCGCAAAAAAAGUUAUUUAUUUAGCCAAUGCUAUUUCACGUGGCUUCCCACAGUCAAUGACACCAGAUACAUUCACUAAAUUUAGAUAAAUAAAACAACUUUAUCUGAGUAGACGUCAGCCACCCCCACAUAGCCACGCCCACAGUCAAUGACGUCAGAUACCUUCACUAAAUUUAGAUAAAUAAAUCAACGUUUUCAGAGUAGACGUCAGUCACCCCCAGAUAGCCACGAAGCCACUUUGGAGCCACCUCCAGCACGUGCGGGGCCACCAGUCCUGCACUCUCACACGGUCUUACCACGUGUUCUUGUACAGGGAAAUUAACUUUUCAGGACCAUACGGCGUUACAGCCGUUUGUGAUGGGGCUUUGUAGGAUGAACUUUGAGAUGUAUAAGGUCACGGGUUGAUCAAAAUUGUCUGAAUUGGUCUGUAAUAAGGUAGGGGACUGAUUAUGGGUUGACAGGUAUGCUCCACUACUACACACUGCACUACUAUAAACUAUUACAUACACUACUAUAAACUACUACAUACUACUAUACACUAGGCACUACUAUACAGCCGAAACGUCCGAUAGUGUCUUCUGGCUUCCCGUGGCAGUCACGAUGCCCCAAUCGAUGCUCGGAAGCAGCGACGCACUCCCUGAUCAAACUGUAAGGGGCCGUCCAUAAAUGAUGUCACGCACCUAGGGGGUGCGGGGGGGGGUUCAGACAUUUGUGACGAUGUGUGAUGACGGGGGGGGAGGGGGUUGAGAAAUAUGACGUCACAUCAAAAUGCGCAACUUUAAAUAAAUAUAGACAACACGUUUUACGUAAUUCUCCUACAACAUCAGAGUGCAGCGCUACAUUAAAUACGCACUACAAUGACAAUAGUUUAAAGCAAUUUGAAGCAUGUUUUAUUUGGGGGGGGG